GCAAAAGCAAAAAUUGAACAUAGAAGACAUGCCUGGACCUAGUGGCCUUCAAAGUAAUUUUUCUGUUUCAAAUAUUUUAAAAUUAAAUUGCUUUCUCAAGAAAAUUCCUUUUUCACAUUAUUCUUUUUUUUUUUCGUAGGGCAAAAGCAAAAAUUUCACAUAGUAGACAUGCCUGGACCCAGUGGCCUUCAAGGUAAUUUUUCUGUUUCAAAUAUUUUAAAAUUAAAUUGCUUUUUCAAGAAAAUUCCUUUUUCACAUUAUUUUUUUUUUUUUUUUCGUAGAGCAAAAGCAAAAAUUGAACAUAGAAGACAUGCCUGAACCCAGUGGCCUUCAAGGUAAUUUUUCUGUUUCAAAUAUUUUAAAAUUAAAUUGCUUUCUUAAGAAAAUUUAAUCUUUUCCGACCGGAAGAAAUGACAAGAUCGAAGAUCAACAAAUUUUGAGUGUUUCCCGAGAGAGUUGACAAAUUUUUUAAGAAGUUUUUAUUUGGAAAGAUUUCGUAAACAUAUAUUUGGACUCCCAAGCAUAGAAUUCGUAACAGUAAUAUAUUAUUUUUUCACCUUCCGCAGCUUCGAAACAUUCCAAAAAAGGGAAAGCACGAGCUACUGACUUUCCUCAAGGAAUAUUGCUGGAAGAUGUACAAACGUACGUGCCGUUAGGUAUUGAAGGCGACGAAUUUAAAUAUUUCUUCCCACACUCGCUGGAAUCGGGAUUUAUUGAAAGUUCGCAACCUGGGACUUCAAAAUUUGUCGAAGAUGAGCCAUUUUCAAGUAGUUUCGAAGAGUUUAUUCCUGAUCCUUUAAUUUUUGAUCUGAAUGAAUUUGAAACUGAUUCUGAGAGCGCAGAAGAAGAAGUUACUGAGCCAUUUCAAUUCCUUCAUUUAAUGCCCAAGAAAAAGUCGGAUGAUGAUGAAGAAGAAAAACGAGAUGUACCAGUAUUUAUUCCAAAAAUACAUUUUGACUUUGCUUAUACAAAUCCUGGUCAGACUAAAAUUCCAUUCAGUGGCAAUCCGGGGUUACACGUAGACUGUCCAGAAAGACCUAUUGAUUUCUUCCGGCUGAUUGCAAAUGAAAUUUUCAUGAAUCGCGUUAUAGAGAAAAUUAACACGUACGCGGAAAGCUUGAAGUUAAAAGCUACUCAAAGUUCAAAGAAAAGUCCAAGAAGGAAAAAACCUCGGAUUAUGAAUUGGAAACCACUUACGGCGGAAGAGUUUGACAAAUUUCUAGCCCUUAUUUUUCUAAUGGGUCAAGUAAAGGCCCCUGAUAUAUUUUGGUAUUGGAAGGCGUCUCGAAUUUAUCAUUUCCCUACCUUUUCCAGUCUCUUGCAUAGGGAUAGAUUUCAGGAUAUUCUACGCUUGUUCCACAUCGAUCGUAAUUUCGAACAAGACGAUACAUCCGAUACAGAUGAUCCUUCCGACGAACUGAAACCUCUUGACAUUUUUAAUAAUAACAUGAAAGAAAUUUAUUAUCCAGGAAAGAAGCUGACUAUUGACAAGUUUGUUAUAUCGCCGCGGGGACUUCAUAUUCGUGAAGAUGAUACCGAUAAGUGUAAAUUUGGAGUGAAAGUAUAUACGUUAAGUGAGACAAGUGGAUUGAUAUUGAAAAUACACACGCAUACACGAUUAAAAAAAGAAAGUAACGAAAUCUCUUCUGAUCAGAUUGUCCAUGAACUUCUUUCCGAUUUUCAAGGGAAAGGGCAUGUUAUUUUUUUGGAUGAGACCUUCGUCAAUUACCCCCUUGCGAAAAGUUUAUUAGAAAAAAAGACACACACAUUAGGAAUGCUCGGAAAAUUUAAGAUUGAUAAUACCUUCGGCAUCUUAAAUGUUAAAUUGAAAAAAGAUGAAGUUGUCCAACAGUUCUCCCCUGAAGGCAUUUGUGUGAUGAAAUACCGCUACAAAGGAAUUGUUUGGAUGAUGAUUUCUUCCGAACACGCGGCGUUUAUGAGGACAGUAACAGAAAGAAGGAAAAAUAUAGAAAAACCACAAAUUUUUAUCGAUUAUACUGCAGUAAUGAAUAGUGAAAGAACUGAUAAAUUUUUAAUGUCUUAUCCGUGUGACCAAAGGUUACCAGGAUGGUCAACCAAACUUGCAAUCCAUGUAUUUCAUAUAAUUAUGCACAAUAGCUAUAUCUUGUUUGAUCAUUGUUAUCCAGACGUACUGAACCCUGAAGAAUUCAGAGAGAAGAUGAUUGAAGCGUGGUUAAAGAUUAUACCAUCAUUUUCAUCUAAGUCAUCAUUCCUGACGUUUGAUCUCCAAACUAAUCGAGUACAUGUGCCAAGAAUGAAUGAACGAUUGAAAGAAAGAAAACGUUGCGUCGUUUGUAAUCGGGAACAAAUAAAAAAACAAUCGAGAUUUUUUUGUCCUGAUUGUCCACAUAAACCAGGAUUGUGUGUGGACAAAUGUUUCAGAAAAUACCAUAAAUAUUAGACGCGUAAAUAAAUCGUAAAAAAAUUCGAAAUCCUUUUUUAAAAAUAUUUUUAUUUUUUUAUAUAUAUAAUAGUAAUAAUAAUCUUAUAAUU